CUUUAGCCAAAACCCUUUGACAAUUGAUAUCUAACACAUCGCCUACCACCACAAGCUCGUUUAAGGUGCGAAACAGAACAUUCGCUAGUGACAUUCUUUCAAAUGGCUCAUUUAUAUGAGACAUAUCAAUCAUAUUAUGUGCUUCUAAUUGUUUGACAAGCAAGGGAAAGCGUGAAAACCAAGGUUGUCAAUCCACGGUUCGAUCUGCGGGUCAAUCCGGUUUGACCCAGACUUGUCUACAAAAACGGGCGCCAGCAGCCCAUUGAAGUAUCCGCCUGGAUUUGUUCAAACCUGGAUAAACUCGGUCAAGCCCUAGAGCGAGGGAGCGGGUCAGCAGGCCUGUCUUUCUACGCAGCGGCUGAACACAGAAGUAGGGAUGGCAAUCAAACCCAUGGCCGCGGGUAUCCGACCGCCCCCGACCCAGUCAACGCGGGGAAUCCCCGCUUUGACCGGGUAUGGGGCGGAUAUGGGUAAAACCCGCAAAAAGUUUGAUGGGUAUGGGGCGGGUAUGGUUUUCGCCUCCCCCGCCCCAUACCCAUCCCCAUACCCGCCCCACCAAGAUAAUUUUUUCAUAUAUAAAAAAAAUAUGUGCAUCAAAUUAUAAUCUAUCAAUGAUGAUGAGGAUAACUUGAGAAAAAUAAAUAGUAGAAAUGCAAUUGAUUGACCACCUUAAUCAAAAUCUAAUUCAUUUCUCUCAAUCCUUAUUUCACUCUUUCAGUUUCCCCCUUGUCAACAAGAUUAUGUUAGUUAAUUAUUACUUAGUAGAUGUAUAAGAGUUAGAACAUAAUAAUUUGUAAAACAUUAUACUCUAUAUUAUGUAUUAAUGGAUAUUUUAGGAUCAUAAUCUUUGAACCAUUUUAAAAAAUGACCGUGUUUUAUUGACUUCAUGAUAUAAUAUGUUCGUUUAGAAUUAUAAUUAGAACUUUUCAUGUAAGUUUUAGGUAUAAUAAUGUUGGAUGUACGGGUAUGGGUAUUACCCAUGGGUACCCGAAACCCACGGGUAUGGGGAUGGGUUUGCAAAACAUUCCCCGCUCGGGUAUGGGGCGGGUAUGGGUUUGGGUAUUUGAAGAUGGGUAUGGGGAUGGUUUAAGCAAACCCGUCCCAAACCCGCCCCAUUGCCAUCCCUACACAGAAGAGCAAAAUCGAAACCCUAAAUCGAUCUCCUUCUCUUCUCUCCACCAGUCCGCCUCUCCUCGUUCUUCUCCCGAACCAGCAGUUGCUUCCAGUAAGUCGCCGGUACGAAUCUAGGGAGUACGGGACAGAAAUGGAAGGAGUGAUUUGAUCGACGAGUACAUAAAAAGAAGAAGAAUUACAGCGGAGAAAAAAAGGGAGGCGAAGGAUAUUGAUUGGAGCGGUCAGCGGAGAAAACAAGGAAAGAGGAAGAUGAGGUGAAGGGCUGGAAUACAGACAUACCCAGCUGACCCGAACUACUGCUUUCAAGAACAGAAAAGGGAAAAGUUUCGAAGAUGGGGAAGAUGGUGGCUCUCAGGUCUCUAUAUCGUGCAGCUUCUCGUAGAUCUUCGAUAGGCUUCACAGCUAUUGCCGGCAACCAGCUCCUUCACCAUCAGUCAGCUCCUCGAUCCCUGUUCACUCUCUCUUCCACCACCGCUUCUGCGGAUCGCAUCGCUUCCGGUUCUCGGUCUCCUUUGGCAAUCAAUAUUGGUAGCAAAAGAUCUUAUAAUGAGGAUGUGGCACACUUGCCCGAGAUUAAGGACCCUGAUGUUUUAUGUGCUUUCAAGGACUUAAUGGCUGCAAGUUGGGAUGAACUUGAUGUGACAGUCAUCCAUGAUGUGAAGAAUGCUCUGUCGAAGAACACUGAUGACAAAUCCGGUCAAGAGAUAUUGAAGAAUAUUUUUCGGUCAUCUGAAGCUGUCGAAGAAUUCAGUGGGAUGGUCAUGUCUCUAAAGAUGGAGCUAGAUGACAACAUUGGGAUGAGCGGCGAGGAUGUAAAACCGCUAACAGAUGAUUAUGCAAAGGCAAUCCGCAUGUUUUUUGAACGAUACUCUGCGUAUUUGGAGUCAUUUGGACCUGAUGAGGCCUACCUGAGAAAGAAAGUAGAGAUGGAAUUGGGUUCAAAGAUGAUAUUUUUGAAGAUGAGAUGUGCUGGCCUCGGAUCAGAGUGGGGCAAGGUGACCCUGAUUGGUACUUCUGGACUUGCUGGAUCUUAUGUUGAACAAAGAGCUUAAAGUCCCGGAAUCUGUUAUCCGAUUUGGCUUAGUUGCGAAAGUUUUUCUAGCUUGGAAUUUGUGUUUGUCGAUGGUUUCUAUCAAGUUGCUGAUCUUGGAAACCUUUCAAAGUGGAGUUCGAUUGUAGUUCAAUAAAAGCUUAGCUAUUUCAAGAUUUGCAUUGAUGUAAUACUGUUCACGUCAUUUCAGUUCCAUUUAGCUAGGGGUGAAAGCUUGUCCCGGAAGACCCACUGACCCGUCCCGACCCGUCUCUAAGGGUCGGGACGGGUCAGUUUGUCUACAGGGACAUAUUAGGGACGGGUCAUUUGUUGACCCUGUAAGGGUCGGGACAACUUGGGGACGAGUCACGUUUUGACCCUGUGACCCUUAGCAACAACAAAUAUCUGAUACUUCA